UUCUGGACGGGGUUCCCUUGGUGGUGCGGCGGCCUCGAAGGCAAAGGAGCCCCCUGGGCGAGCGACGCCCCCCUCCCCGCCCCCCAUGGGCUCCCAAGCUAGCGCCCGAGCUGGUACGCCUCCCGCAGACGGCCCGGGCGGAAGUGGCAGCGUGUCCGCCGGUCCGUCCUUCCGGCACGCCGUCCGCCGGCUUCCGGCGGCGGGUGGGCGCGCGCCAGGUAACGACCUUCUGCGCCGAGGCUCGGCCGGCGGCGGCGUCGUGUGGAUGGAGGCCUUGGCCCCGGGCCGGGCUCCGCGGGGCCGGCGGCGGCAGGCCGGGGCCGCGGGCUCCGCGCUCUCGGCGCUGUCGGUGGCCGCCGUCCUGCUCUCCGCCUUGCUGCGGGCGCCCCCUGCAGUUGGAUAUUUGGCUCGAUUGCCAAGAAGUUUUCGAUUGACUCAAGAUUCACUGAAAAUAGUGGGAUCAUCACAUUUUCCGGUGAGCGUAUAUGUCAUGCUCCAUCAAAAGAGUCCACAUGUGCUAUGUGUAACCCAACGACUGAGAAACACUGAACUGGUAGACCCAUCAUUCCAAUGGCAUGGGCCAAAAGGAAAAAUUGUUUCAGAAAACACCACCGCACAAGUGACGUCCACAGGAAGCCUUGUAUUUCAGAACUUUGAGGAAACCAUGAGUGGAGUUUAUACUUGUUUCCUUGAGUACAAACCAACUGUGGAAGAAACUGUUAAAAAUCUUCAACUGAAAUAUGUUAUUUAUGCUUAUCGUGAACCUCAUUUUUAUUACCAGUUCACAGCACGAUAUCACGCAGCUCCCUGCAAUAGUAUCUAUAACAUUUCUUUUGAGAAGAAACUUCUUCAGAUUUUAAGUAAGCUGGUUCUUGACCUUUCCUGUGAAAUUUCCUUGCUUAAGUCCGAAUGCCAUCAUGUUAAAAUGCAAAGAGCUGGUUUGCAAAAUGAAUUAUUCUUCACAUUUUCAGUUUCAUCUAUAGACACUGAAAAAGGAUCCAAGCCAUGUACAGACCAUAAUUGUGAAACUUCCAAAAGAUUAUCUAAGGCUAAAAAUCUCAUAGAGAGGUUUUUUAAUCAGCAAGUAGAAGUUCUGGGCAAACGUGUGGAGCCGCUGCCUGAGAUAUACUACAUUGAAGGAACCCUUCAGAUGGUGUGGGUUAACCGCUGCUACCCAGGGUAUGGAAUAAAUGCCCUCAAACAUCCAAAGUGCCCUGAGUGCUGUGGUAGUGAUCUGCAGCCCUGGAUCCUACAAUCCACGGGAUGGAACUCAUUGCCUCCAAUGCAACAGCAGCCUGGUGUAUGGAGCGAAGGCAUGCUUAUAGGCCACUGCCUUGUGUGACCCAAUAGUUUAUUAAACAUGAAAGUCUAUUUUUGAAAUGCUAAAUUAUAACUUACUAUUAUGCCAAAAUUAAAUAAUCAGAGUUUACAAAGAUAUGGUGUCCUCAUUCAAUCAAGUAUUGUAUGUAUCAUCUUUCUUGGUUAAUGCUGGAGCUGCAUUUGAUACCAGGUAACUCCUGUGUCACUGCCUUUUAAAAAUUGUUUCAAAUGUUUUGUAUUGGGUGACAUUAAAGAUUUUUUUCAGGAAUUUAAAAACUGUCCCAUUUUCUCUUUACUAUGUAUCGCCUAGAUUCAGGCCAUCAUAUUCUAUUAUAAGAGCUUUAAUUUAACCUUACAGAAUUUUAUCUAUUUGAGGUUGGCCUUUCACAGUUCAGAGCCAGUUUCAAAAGUAUGUCAUUGUUCUUGUCAGCACAUGACCUGGCCCUAGGGACACUGUGGAUUCUAGUAUAUAUAGGUCAGUGUGUUGUCUUAAACUAUCAGUUACAGACUCUCAAGCCAGACAUGGUAGCACAGGACUGUAAUCAUAGUAUUUGAGAGGCAGAGGUGGGAAGAUCAGGAGUUCAAAGCCAGGAACAGCCUGGGCUACAUGAUCCUGUCUCAAAAAGUGUCUUUUAUUACCUCCUUGACAUUUUAGAUUGGAGUAAUCAUUGAAUUUUCUCAAUAGACUGAAGCUUUUUGUCUCCAUUACAGCACUUUCAGGACGAAGAGUUAACAAUCAUCACAUAUUUUGUUUGCUACACCGUUAAAAUGAAUACUUUGUUCCAGAAGUCACUGCUGCUACCACUAGUACCUUGGUUUUCAUUGGGGUACCACACUUAAGUACAGGGAGUUGCCAGUUUGUAAUGAUUCAAACAGAAGGAAAUUUACAAGCAACUUUAGAGCUCUUUUCUGAAGUCCUUAGUGAUCAUUUGGUUUUCAUUCCCUGAGUCUUCCCUGUGAGACGUUGCCUGCUUUGCUCUUAAUGUUUCCUGUCUUAAAACACAAGAACUCGAGGAUGGAAAGAGUAAACAGUUGGAUCUCAGCACCUUUGAGUAAAAGGUCAGCUAACAAGGAGCUGUGCUAUUGGCUUGUAGAGACUAAGCUAGCUAGAAAAUACCCUAUCUCUUGGUUUUCAUCAUCAUAAAGUGAUUGCUUCUUUAUAUCUCUUAGAGAUUUUUUCAGAUGCCUUUCCUAUGGCAGGUAAUAUACUGAGCAUUACAUUAUUUGAGUGAAAUAAUUGUUUUUCUCUAUGUAAUUAGCACAUACAUUGUAUAACUUCUAAGACUUAAGUCUCCUUCACUAAAACUUCCAGAAAUCAUCCCAGUUUCCCAAGUCUACAUUAGGAUUGAUUGAAUAUGUUCUUUGAGUUGUUGGUCUGGAGCGCAGAGGGAGAGCUGUAGUGGUGGUGGUAAGUCUGGAGAGCAGUGCCAUCCCAGGGCACAGAUGGUCUGGGGUAGGAGUAGCCACAAUGCAAGGCUGAUGAGUUAAGUUCCUUGUUCAUACAGGUAGACUUUACAACAAAGCCUUACCAAUGUUAGGUCAGAACAAGGGAGAAUUAGGAGGGUUGGUCAAGAGAGCUGUCUUUAGCAAGAGAAGCAGGGGCACACUAGGAAGAGAAAGGGAGACAUGAAUGACUACUUUCCUGUUCCACAUGGUGAAAUGAACCCUUUAUGUUGUAGGACAUCACAGUUGUUUUAAUCCAUUGUUAGGGUUUUUUUUUCUCUGUUUUGUUUUUUCAUACAAAUUAAAGACCUUUGAAGGGAAAUACAUCAGAAACUAUGAGAAGAGUUACUUCUGUUAUAAUGCCAGAGAAGAUGUCAGUAUUGACUGUUGUUUAAAAUGACGGCAAUAUGUGCUAAAAGCUGUGGUAUGUUUCUAAAGGGUAUUGUCAUGACAGUUUCAGAUAGUUCUGUUUACAUUAAGAUAAUUUCUUCCUGUAUAAAACCUUCCAAUUAUAUGAUCAGAUGAUUUUACCAACACCUGAAGUUUUUACCAUCAUUUAAGGGGAAUAAUUUUCCAUUUUGUAUUCAUUAUAUUUACAUUAAAUAUGUAAUAUGUUUAUUUGGCAGUGUGGAAAUAAAGAUCCUUAAGUUUUGUUCAGUAAUCUCAGUUUCUGAAGAUGUUAACAAGUAAAUCAGAGAUAGGUGAAAUAGUAUGUCCAGUGGUCAUAAUGGCCACAGCUUAUAUAGUAUUAAAUGCGCACAAAUGCCCUAUAAGAAAGAGUAAUGAACUAUUCUCCUUCCACAUGUCAGACUGUCACUGAGCCAUUAAAUUGACUCUCAUAUUUUCAAAUUGAGUGAAUUAAUUUAGAUUAACUAUAUAUUUAACUGUGUUGAUUUAUAUUAUUUGUAUUUUGAGCUUGAAAAGAAAUGCACUAAAAUGUUUAUCUCAUGAUUGUCUCAUGUAAUAGGAUUAUGCGUGAGUUUUUAUGUCUUCUGUUUCCCAAAAUUUCUUCACUGAUAUGAAUUACCUUCAUGAUGUUAGAAACAAUAAACUUACUUUGAAAAACUGCA